CGAGAUCAACAGGCAAACAACAACGAACGAACAGAACAUGACAAUCCUCCAAGCCAUGAGCGCAGCUCACCAUGGACUGGCGCUAUGACCAGCCUGCCUCUUCAUCUUCAUCUAGGCAAUCAAACCACAAAUACGAGGAUAAUCAGUACGGGCAAUACCCAUUGGAUUCGGACGAGGAGGAGUACGACGAGUAUCCAUUGAGGAAUAGGGUUCAGGAUCGGGGGCAAGGUCAAGUACAGUAUCAGAGUCGGAAUCAUAGUCAAUACCAAUAUCCACAUCGUGAACGAGACUACGAAUCAUUUCGAGACACACAACGAGAGAGACAACCUCCCACCACCACCACCACCUACCCACGCGCCGCCGCCCAAACACCUCACUACUCACCAUCACCAUCACCACCACGCACCACUCCCCAAAGAAUCCAAAACGAACCAUUCGCCGCAAAGCCAACAGACCUAGUAGAUCCAGAAACCAAAGGAAAAAACAACCCCCCCACCAAAGAAAGCAUGUCUUCCUUUCUGUCCCGCACCACGUCCUCCUCACAAGCGCAAUUCGCCGCCACGGCCCUGGUAUCGGGCGCCGUUGUCGCCGGCGCAAUCUUCGGGUAUCAGCAUGUGCGGAGGCGGGAGAGGGUGGAGGAUUUGAAGAGCUCGAUUCCGGAGGUGGGGAGUGGGGGGCAUGAGGCUGAUAAGCUUACAGAUUUUGGGGCUGCGCCACCAAGAGCUGGCCUGAGUAAAGAGGACGAGAGGAGUUUAGAGUUUGCGGAAAGAGCACAGAGAGGAGACUAUGAUGAUGAGCUCAUCCUUGAACAACUCGCCCGGAAUCGCGUCUUCCUCAAAGACGAAGGUCUAGCCAAACUCCGAUCAGCAUUCAUAAUCGUCGUCGGGUGCGGAGGCGUAGGAUCACACUGCACAGCAGCACUCGCCCGCUCAGGCGUAUCUCGAAUCCGCCUAAUCGACUUCGACCAAGUGACUCUCUCCUCCCUAAACCGCCACGCAGUAGCUACCCUCGCAGACGUAGGGACUCCAAAAGUCUCCUGUCUCAAGAAACGAUUACAGCAGAUCACUCCAUGGGUACAUUUCGAUCUCUGCAAUGAACUGUUCAGUCCGAAUGCUGCGGAGAGAUUACUUGGGGACUGGGACGGCAGGAAACCGGAUUAUGUCGUUGACGCGAUUGAUAAUAUCGAUAGCAAGGUCGCGCUGUUGGAGUACUGCUAUAAGAAUGACCUCAAGGUCAUCUCGUCCAUGGGAGCAGGCUGUAAAUCCGACCCAACCCGGAUCUUCAUCGGCGAUAUCUCAGCUAGUACCGAAGAUCCUCUUUCCCGCUCAACACGCCGACGUCUCCGCGCUGUAGGCGUAGCAUCCGGUAUCCCAGUCGUGUACUCCACCGAGAAACCCGGGCCCGGAAAAGCGCAACUGCUCCCUCUCCCAGAAGAAGAAUACCUCAAAGGCUCCGUCGGCGAUCUCGGCGUCCUCCCCGAUUUCCGCGUCAGGAUCCUACCCGUGCUGGGUACGAUGCCAGCCGUCUUCGGCUACGCUGUCGCUAACCAUGUCAUCUUGAACGUCACGGGCUAUCCUAGCGAAUAUAUCCCCGCUAAGGGACGAGAGAAAAUGUACGAUGGCAUCCUCGCCGCUCUCCAGGGCUCCGAGGAGAAACUCGUUCGGGCAACCAUCCCCGGUGAGGACGCCAGGGGUCUCAAACUCGGCCUCACGGCUGCGGAUGUGGGAUACAUCGUUGAAGAAGUGUAUAAAGGCAAGAGCGCUAUCAGUGGCGUAUCAACCCGUCUUUUACUUGUCAGAUGGCGGAAACCGGAGGGGAGGAUUGUGGAUUUGGGGGUGGAAGGGCAGAAGAGUAGUUUGGUGAGGGCGAGGGAUCUGGUGUGUUUGACGAAGGAGGAGGCGGCCGUGCAUGAGAGGGAGGUUGUUUGGGGGGGGAGGAGGCCUGAGGAGGUGUAUGGGGGGGAUGUGGUGGAGGGGGUGGAGAGGAGGAUUAGAGAGGAGAUUGGGUAUGAGAGGUAUAGAUAG